AUGGCUCGAAGAAAUUCGCCAUUAGCGGAAACUCCAUCCGCGCGAGAUUACAUCGAUAUCAUGGUGGAAAUUAAAAAGCUCGGAUUAUUUAGUAACUUUGAAGAACACACACCAACAAUUGUGGUGUUCGGUGAUCAAUCAAGCGGUAAAAGUUCUGUUUUGCAUAGGUUAACUGGUGGUUUACCAAUUCCAAGAGGAUCUACAAAAUGCACAGCGACACCUUUUGAAAUACGUAUGCUACAAUCCGAUGAAGCAGUUAGUAAAGUCUCUUUGCGUUACAUCGAAGAUAAACAUCGUAAAAGUAUGCAAUCAAAAGAAGUUGAUUUUGCCAACAUAUUGGGCAUGAGCGAUUCGGAAGUCGAAGCGAAAUUACGUGAAGCUCAACGAUUUGUACAAAAUCCAAGUAUUGACGUUAAAAGUGGACGAUUGCCAAGCUCGGAUAAUGAUGAGUUGGCUUUUACAAAAAAUGCUGUAUGCGUUACAAUCAGUGGUCCGGAACAAGCUUAUAGAAUCGUUCGAAACCACGAAGAACAUGAAAAGUUCGUACUAUCCUUGGUAGAUGAAUACAUCAAGAAAGAAUCAGCAAUUUUACUUCCAAUCUUUCAGGCAACCUCGGACAUAGCCACACAAUGUGCGUGGCGUCUUGCACGCGUUGCAGAUCCAUCUGGCAAGCGUACAGUAGGUGUCUUGACAAAAAUUGAUCGUAUCAUUGAUUAUUCAAAUGAUGAUGAUAAACACAAUGAGCUCGCCACUUUAGUAAAAGGCAAAGGGGAACAUCAAAUUUCAAAUGGUGUUUAUAUUAUAAGGAAUCCAUCUAUUGGGGAUAGUCAUGACCCGGAUGAACUGGAAGGCAUUACCGUUAGGACUCUUAGACAACAUAGGAUUUGGAGGGAUGUACCGUCUAAUAGAUUUGGCUUGCAAAAUUUGAUCAUGAAAUUAAGCGAAUUACAAGGUCAAGCUCAUGAACGAUCAUGGCCAAACAUCCGUCCCCUUUUAGAAGAAUGUAGAGAUGAUUUUGAAGAAAAAUUAAGGAAUCUUCCACAUAAACGUGGUGGAAAUCCAAAUAUCCGUUUCCUGGAAUUAAUUGGGUCAUUCGACAAAUUAUUCACCUCACACGCAAAUGCUGAAAAUGUGGAUCAUAGGUUGUAUCGUGGACAACAAUGGAACUUUGGUCAAUUCGAUCAAGCAUUAUUAAAUACUCGUCCAGUAUAUCAACUCACGUUUGAAAAUGAGUCAAAUAACACCGAAACUUUUGAUCCCAUAAGACCUGGUGCGUUGCAAUAUCGUGGAUGGACGAACAAUUUAAAAGAUGAAAUUACAGCUGACGAUUGGGGUGAUCUGAACAAGAAGGACGAAAAAGAUUAUUUAUGGAGUUUAGAACAACUUUGUGAAGUUGUACAAGGAAGCCAAGGUGGUCAAUUGGUUGGUUUCUUUCCAUUUAAAGCGGUGGUUGCCAUUGUUGGAAAGCAUCAAAAGGAUUGGUUUGGGAUUUCUACCAAAUUGUUGGAAAAAAAUCAUGAUUGGAUUGCCCAAUUCGUUGAUGAAUUGGUAGAUAUCACUUUUAAAGAGUUCCCAAACGUUAUUGAAGAAAUCAAGAGCGUUUUACGUAAGUUAUUAAAGAGUUGUAAAGAUGAAACGUUAAGACGUCUUAAAGACCUUGAAGACAUGGAACAUAUGUCUGCCAGUAGGGCUCUUUAUGUAACAGAUGAAGCCAGCAUCCUAAAAAAGCAAGCAAAAUAUUUUAUCAAACUUCGAAUAUUAUCAGCAGUUUCCAAACAAACGGGUCAAGAUUUAAAAACGAUUCUUGAAUUAGGAUCAAAAUUAUUCGACAUGAUGUAUAGCGAAGACACUAUCGAAGAGGAUUUUGAGAGAAUAAAAGGAGACUUGAUUAAUAUCGUUUCGGAAUGUCAAGAGGGCUUUGAUGAUUCAUCCCAAAAAUUAAUUGAAGAAAUCAAAAGUUCUAGAAUUUCAACAGAGAUGCCAUCAACGGCCACUCUAUCCAUGAUGUUGAUUAUUAAAAAUCAAUACCUAGAUAAAUUAAUUGGGGUGGUUCCCAAAUCUGAAGAUAAUUCAAAUCAAACCAUAUUAAAAAAUACCGUCAACGAACACGCUUUCCUUGCUGCUACGGGAGCCUUGGCAUAUUGGAAGAUGUCCCAUACUAAAUUUCGGGAGGUCGUACCACGUGUAGUAGAAUAUUACCUUGUACAUCAAUUUGCUACCGGUUUAGGAAUGCAUUUACGUCAACAUUUCAGACUAUUGGGAUCGGAUUCGGAUUCUUCAGAAUCACCAGAAAAUCCCGAACAAAUAGACUUGAAGAAUUUAUUAGGUGAAGAUCCAUUGAACGCAAAGAAUCGUGAAGAAUGGGAAAAUAAUAGUGCUGCUCUUAGUAGUAUCAUUGAUAGGGUUCGAAAAGCUUCUGUAAGACAACAUCAUGGUAAUACUACUAAUGGUCAUCGUAGAGGUCGUAGAUAA